CUAUUUGAUUAUGUCUUUCUUUUUUUUGUUGGUUUAAGAUCAAUUAUCACUUGAUCCCGGAUUGGAACUUAUAAGUGAUUAUCACUUUAUCUGUUGGAUAUAUAUGUUUUAUUAGUAAUGUGCAAAAAAAAAAAUGUAGGAGAUCACGUUAUGUUACUUAAAAUAGAUGGUUAGCCACUAACGUAACAAGCUAAUUAAGACGAUAAUCACAUAUCCAUGCCCCCAGAUGAAUUAGACUUAUUCUCCCUCGUUGACCUUUAUAUACAUAAGUUCUAUUCCCUUUGCGAUGAUCGGACUGUAUCAACUAACUAAAAAAGAGAAUGACAAAUUAGGAGAAAGAGAGGAGAUCAAAUAUUGCAGCAAUGAGAUCUUUCAGCUUAAUGAUAUGUAUUCUCGUCUUGGCAAUGUUGAUUAUGGUGGCCGAGUCGUCCUAUGGUGGGAACGACGAGAAACGCACUGCUCCUCCUCCUCCUCCAAUGGCUCCUUCACCAUCACCAACUGGUCACUUUGGUGAACCCAAGACGCUUCCACCACCUCCAAACGCCGCCACUUUCCCCACUUGCCCGCUGUUUAUCACCACAACAUUGAUUAGUGUCAUGGCUUUCAGCUUCUAAUAUAUAUAUAUAAGACGUAUUUAAUUCUAUUUGCUUUACUUUGGUUGAAUUUCUUUCCUUAUUCUGUUUUCAAGUUCUACUUCUACUCGUGUAUAGUGAUGAUCUCAAACUAACCUAUGAGUAUAAAAGAAUCAGAUAAAUUUGCAAUGUACUGAUAAAA